AUGGCGGAGGAAUCAGAUAAUGUAAACUCAAAUCGGAAACGCGCCUUCAAGCCGAAGGUUCGCACGGGUUGUAUUACAUGCAAGACUCGACGGGUGAAAUGCGACGAAGGAAAACCUGCUUGCUCGCGAUGUCUGCGUACUGGACGAACAUGCGACGGUUAUGAAUCAUCCAAGCCCCUCGUCAUGGUACCUAGGGCACUAGCCCCGGCUCCUGCUGUCGAAUCACCCAUGGAAGCCCGAGCACUGGAGCUGUUCUUUCAUAAAUCUGCAAAACAAUUAGCUGGUUCUUUCGAAAGCGCCUUUUUCCAGGGUAGUGUCGCCCAGUCGAGCCUUGUGGAGCCUACCAUCCGGCACGCCAUUGCAGCGAUUGCAGUCCUCCAUGAAGAGAUGCUAUCACGUCCAGCUGAACAAGAAUGGAGUAUUCAAGGCCAAGGACUACCGAUUCAGUUCUAUAACAGGGCUAUCCGUGCUCUGCUUCAAAAGCUCAAAACAGAGCAGACCUCGAUUUCAUUGACGUUCAUGGCGAAUAUUUUAUUCACCUGCUUUGAGUAUUUUCAAGGAAACCUGACGGCAGCCAGGUCUCAUGUCAAAAGUGGAAUCAACCUCUUGGAGUCAUGGCGAGGAAAUACGCGGGCUCUCUCCAAUAAACCAUGGGGUCAAAGUUAUGAUUCCUAUGAAUCAUAUUUUAUGGAAACCGAAAUUGCACCACUUCUCAGCGUCUUUCGUACCAACAUCCUAGAGAAGGAAGAUGCGAGAGAUAACGGGUUCUUCUUGAAUCCAGUGGACCAAAAUGGCAUUGUUGUUCUCGGUGAUCGAUUCGAGAAUAUACAACAGGCCAGGGUUGGCUUACUAGACGUGAUUACGUGCACGUCUGGAAGUGCGCACUUCGACGAUAAACAAUCGCCCAGCAAAGGUCAGGCCGUUGAAGAUGUCGACCGGUGCCCCAAGAAUAUAGACGAGAUCAUCUUUAAUUGGCAGUCUAACUUUGACGACCUGGUCUUCCGAAAAGGUUCCUCAUGGGGAUACAGAGAGAGACAAAUCGCUAGUGUCGUUCGCAUUAUCAAAAUGGCCGAAACCCUUGGGAGACGCAACUACCUGGCCGACAAUGAAUGCUCAUGGGAUAGCGCACGAACCGAGUACGAAGAAAUGAUAUCAAUAGCCGACAGUCUCAUCUCCGAUCAAAGUCGCUUCCCUGAGGAUGGAUUCCGACUCUUGAGUUUGGAUUUCGGCAAGCUAUUUUGUUUCCACUUACUGGCCUGGAAAUGCCGAUGGCCUUCUCUUCGCCGCUGGGCUUUGUCCUUGUUGCUGAAAGUUCCUAAGCGCGAGUGGCUUCUCGACGCGAAACAUUACCACGCUAUUUUCUCUCGCAUUAUGGAGAUUGAGGAGGCGCAUCUCAAUGCCUUGUCGGAGGAAAUUAUUCAACAAAAUAUGCUCCCUCCUGAACAUUCUCGAAUCUAUGAUUUUGAGGUCAUAGCUCAAACACCGCCCUCCUCCACAUCAUCAUCGCCUGCUUCAUCCUCCUCCUCUUCUCCUCCACCUUCUUCAUCAUCUUCGUCGAAUGGGGCUGCUUGCUACGCAGUAACAUUCUGGAGCAAGCCUACGGGUCAUGACGGGCCGUCUUUUAGUGUCACUGAGCAUAUAGAGACAGCAUCUUCCCAUCCUGGCGAAACAGCCGUCCCGUUAAACCUGAUUGCACAGCACUACUCGCAUCUGCAAGGACCGAGGAAACAAUUGACAAUCCGGCCGAGGACAAUACGGGGACUAGAGUUUGAUGAAUGA